AUGGCGGGCACUGAGCAGGGUCUUGACCUCUCUGUCGCGUCCGACCUUCUUCGCUACCUGGCGGACACGCCGUUCGCUGCAGAGUCUGCGACCUCUCUGACAGGCGGCAUGGGGAACUAUGUCUUUCGCAUCCGCCUUCGGACGCCGUACGAAGGAAGACAUACUCUGGUCGCGAAACAUGCGAAACCAUAUCUUCCUGGUAACAAAAGCUUUGAGUUCUCAACGUCGCGCCAGGAGUUUGAGGCCGGCGCAUUGAAACGUAUCGCCAGUGCUGUGAUAGGCAACUCCUCGCUCGUCUCUGUACCGAAGGUACACCACUUUGACGACAACGCACACAUCAUCAUCAUGGACGACGCAGGCGAAAACACGCAGACGCUCAAACAACUCCUGCUGGACUCUCCCGGAACUCUGACACCCAAGCUCGCCACUCAGAUCGGUACCGAGCUCGGCAGAUUCAUCGCCGGACUGCAUAGCUGGGGUGCCUCGGACGACGCUGCGGAAGCCCGGGAAUGGGCGGCUGGUCAUGCACUUGCGAAGCGGAUCGCGAUCUAUGCGACUUACGGGCGGCUGCUCAGCACGCUGGACGGCGUCGACGAGAGCAUACCCGAUCUUAGAGAACCGCCUCUUGAUCUUGAUGCGCAUACGAAGGAGACGAUCGCUGCUCUGGUUGAGGCUCGUAAGCGGGACAUUAACGACUCGCUCGAAACACUCGUAAUGGGCGACUUUUGGCCGGGCAACAUCCUCGUCCGUCUCAGCUCCGACGGGGAACUCGAGCGUCUAGUCAUCGUAGACUGGGAACUAGCUCGCUCGGGGCUGGCAGGUCUCGACGUCGGCCAGUUCGCCGGAGACGUGCGCGUGCUGAAACAGUUCGUGCGCAGCGCGAGGGAAUGCGCGGAUGAGCUCGUGGGUGCGCUGCUGCGGGCUUAUGCAGCUCGGCGCUCCGGUCAGGACGGAGCGUGGGCUGGCGUCGCGGCAGGACAUGUUGGUGCUCAUCUUGUGGUGUGGGGCUCGAGGAUUCCGUAUGCGGGGAGGACGAGGGAACUAACUCGUGAGCUGGUUGAGGAGGGUGUUGGGUACUUGAAGGACAGUCACUCGUGGGAAAGGCAGUGGACAGUUGAGGCAUUGAUACAUGCAUUGUGUAGCACGUCUUGA